CUCCCAUCGCAUCCCAUUCAGGGUCAUUUAAGGCGGGUAUCAUGUCAUGUAAAGACGGCCCCCUCACUUUGUAGGCCGCUUUAGAAAGGUGUUGGCUAAUAGGCAUCAACUCCAUUAGGUCAUCUUGUCAAAGACCGAAGACGAAGAAGAGGUGAAAAGAAGAAAGAAAAUGGAAGAUGAUCCGCAGGUUUUUGUUUUGUGCCUUGGUGUCUAUAGAAGCUUCAUUUAGCUUUGAAUUUGUGGGGAUUCAAUUAAACCAAUCAAAACUUGAAUUUCCCCUAAAUAACAUGUCUUAAUUGGCCCAAUUGUAACAGAGAAAGAUCUUGUUUAUUGGUGAUAUUAGACAAAAGGCAUGUUUUUUAAAAUGUUAUAUGGCCCAGGUAGUUUAGCCUAUGUAAUUAUUCGGCUGGUGCUCCAUUUCUUGAAGCGUCGGGUGGGGAUAGUCCCUAAAAUCCAUUCACCCCAAAGCUUGAUAGUUGAGCUACAGUUGACAAAUAGAAAAUGGCAGAUUGUAGACCUAAUUACACCGUUUAGGUCCAUUCUGUAACAGGGCAGUACCAAAACAAUUGACCAGUGAGUGAUAUGUUUGCCAAAAUAUCAUGUCCCUCUCCGCAAAGUUAAAGUUUAUUAGCCUAUUUCUGCAAGCAUGGUUUAUGUUUUGGGUCAACCUGAAGGUAGGCUACCGACCAUUAUUUAAAGGGGUAACCAUGACAACUUGAGUCCUGAUUGGCCACCCAGGCACGGGAAUUAAGGAGAGCGUCACCCAAUCUGAAUACGGAUGCGCCCGGCGCCCGCAGAGCCGGGCACAGUGAUGCGAAAAGUGUCGACGUGAGGUGAGCGGAGGCGAAGAAGUGGAACCUAAAAACAAAAAAAUGACAACAACAACAAAAUAAAAAUAAUAGGCUACAGCCCAUGUAACGUAUUCUCUACAGCGGGGACGAACAGGCUUUCCUUCCACGUGCCAAUUUUUUACGCAGCCCGUCAAUGAAGAAGAGGACUAUAGGUGCUUUUUAAAUUCAUAUUUUUUUCUUUUGGAUUCUGGAUUGUGACAAGUGCUAGGACAGAACAGGACAGGGGCGUCCAGAACCAGGAGUACAAUAGAGAAACUUCGGGGAGUGUUCGCCUAUAGCCUGCCUUUAAACGGUAGUGGAGAGGGGCUUCUCCCCACCCAUCCACCCACCUGACAGAUCAUUCGCGCCUGCUUUGUCCACAACCCCGGAGCCAAGACGUUGCUGCGCGGAGAGCCGCGUGGCCCCAGACCCAGCACCGGAGUCCGCGUGGGAAGGUCGGCCCUCGUUAUCCUCCAGACGGGCGGGAUGAUGGUCCACUGCGCGGGGUGCGACAGGCCCAUCCUGGACCGGUUCCUGCUCAACGUGUUGGACCGAGCCUGGCACGCCAAGUGCGUCCAAUGCUGCGAGUGCCACUGUAACCUGACGGAGAAGUGCUUCUCGCGUGAUGGGAAGCUUUAUUGUAAAAUAGACUUUUUCAGGAGGUUUGGGACGAAGUGCGCGGGCUGCCUCCAAGGCAUCUCUCCCAGCGAUCUUGUGCGCAAGGCGCGCAGCAAGGUGUUCCAUCUCAACUGCUUCACGUGCAUGGUGUGCAACAAGCAGCUGUCCACGGGCGAGGAGCUCUAUGUCAUCGACGAAAAUAAGUUUGUGUGCAAAGAAGACUACCUAAGCUCAGGGGCUAUCAAGGAAGUCAAUUUGAAUUCAGUGUCAUCAUGCACAGACAGAAGUUUAUCGCCGGACCUCCAGGAUCCGAUACAGGACGAUACAAAAGAGACGGACAAUUCCAUGUCCUCGGAUAAGGACAUGAACAAUAACGAGAAUGAGGAGCAGAAUUCGGGCACGAAGCGGCGAGGCCCGCGGACCACCAUCAAAGCCAAGCAACUGGAGACGCUGAAGGCUGCCUUCGUGGCCACGCCGAAACCCACACGACACAUUCGGGAACAGUUGGCCCAGGAGACGGGACUCAACAUGCGGGUUAUACAGGUGUGGUUCCAGAACCGUCGAUCUAAGGAGAGAAGGAUGAAGCAGUUGAGUGCUUUGGGGGCCCGGCGGCAUGCCUUCUUCAGAGGGCCCCGGAGGAUGAGGCCCCUGGGAGGACGACUGGAGGACCCAGACAUACUGGGGCCUGGGGCCUAUGGAUACUACACAGAGUACCAGGGCGACUACUACGGAGGAGGGGGAAACUAUGACUUCUUCCCCCACGGCCCUCCCUCCUCUCAGGCUCAGUCUCCAGCAGAAUCCCCCUAUAUCCAUGGAGGUGCCAUGGAGGGCUCUGUGUCAGCCCACCACCCCUCUGAUGACCAGAGGUUCACGGACAUGAUCUCCCGCGCAGACACCCCCAGCCCCGAGCCCGGCCUGCCCAGCUCCCUGCAGCCCGUCCCUGGGGAGGUGUAUGGAGGGGGGCCCAGCCCACCCUUCUCCCUGGCUAGUAACUCUAGCUACAGCGCCCCCAUGUCCCACCCCGGACAGGAGAUGGGAGAGACCACCGUCUGGUAGACUAGAGGGGGGGACGUCUAGAUCUGGGAUCAGGGUUUGGGGGGUGGGGUGGGUGUGAACUUCCCAGUCAAUUCAGGAGAUGAAUUUGAAGACGUUAUGAAUGAGUUAUUAUGAAUUGAAAAGUGCCGUUUAUGUAUUUGUUCAUUGGGAUUUUGAAUUGGCUUGCUGAAUUGAUGGAAUGCCCCCCCCCCCUCCCCCCUCGACUCUGAUCCUUCACAUACGUGAAGGACUGAGGAUCCAGGAUGGGGCGGCUUUGCUGGAAAAAUAUGAACUUUGUGGUACUAUUCGCCGCCCCAUUCAGCCCUGGAUUGUAGUAGAAAUACACCCCCACCCACCUCUGGGAACCAUGAACUGGGAUUGAAAAGAAGAAAAACAUGCUUAGGCGGUUCCUCUCGCCCCCGUAUCUUCCCCUCUCACUCCGAGAAGCAGUGGAGGUAUCCAUUGCUGGAGACUAAGGACACGUGAUAUUGAAGAGAGAGAUCCAGAAAGAAUACAAGCCAAAAGGGACGUUUGAUGUAUUUUAUUUUUGGGUUUCAGAACUGUCUUGUUUUUUUCAUUCUACUGUUUCUUAAAAAGGCACAAUGUUGUAGGCCUAACUGGCCGGGUUCCUCUUUCUGCGUAAUGUUUGACUCGUUCUCCUAUUGUAAUAUUGCUUCCAAUACAAUGCUCAAACACAGACAAAUACAAUUUUCAGUGUUUUAACUGUUGCUACGCACAACCUCCUUUGCUUUUAGCUCCACUGCCACUAGAAUAGAGCAAAGCCGAUAUCGUCUCGACUGCAGAGAUGAGAACAGUCGAGCUCGGUGGGAAGUCAGGGGAUUCGUUGGUGGCAGCCAUGAAACAUUCUGUUAUUAGAUAAAGAAAUGCUCAUUGACAACAUUCAUGGUGACCCUCCGAUAGACUCUGAGCCACUGUACUUGCAGAUCUAAAAGCCUCAUAGUGAUAUACAUUGCUCCUUCUGGAAUUUCUACCCAACGCACACGGCACAUUUUCACCCACACGUUGGUCAUCAUUUUGACCGUCAGUUCUAGUGAUGUGUACUCGAUAGAUGGUCUUGCUGUUCUCGUACAUGGUUAUUCAGAACACACCCAUACACAAGCCACUCAUACAUAUACACACACAAACCUCUCUAAAUCAAGGCCCCCUUUAUAUCUCUCACUCCCACCCAGGCACCCCUUGUCAGUCCCUCUCUCCUCCUCUACUUUUCCUGGCCUUCCCUUUGUUACUGUCCCU